AGGGGCUGUCAGGAGUGAGGGGCACCAGCGGGGAGCAGGGAGCUGCAGGUCAGGAGUGAGGAGCACCAGCAGGGCUGUAGGGGGAAAGGAGCUAUGGGUCGGGAGUGAGGAGCACUAGCCAGCAUUGCUGGGAGUUGGGAAAGGGGCUGCAGACCAGGAGUGAGGGGCACCAGCAGGGCUGGGGGGGGCAGGGGGCAUAUCACUGCCCUCCCCCCACACAAUCAUAUACCUCUUCCCUCCCCUCCCAGGUGUCCUCUUUUUGAAAUUGGAAAUAUGGUAACCCUAAAUGAGGCAAGAGUGCCUUGGGGCUUCCCCUGCACUUGGAGCAGGGGGAAAACAGUUGAUGAGGAGCAGAUGAGGAAGCAAGUGGUGGGGGGCAGGCACUGGGUAAGCAUGGUGGGGUGGCUUAGGCUGCCUGCCACUGCUUUCCUCCCACCUGCCUCCCACUCAUGCUUUCCCCACUGCCUGCUUCUCUCCUUUGCUUUCCCUGCCAUCUGCACCAUCUCUGCUUUCCCCGCGCUUGCCCCUACCCUCCUGCUUCCCUCCCUACCCCUCUGUCCCUGCUUUCCCCACCAUCUCACCCACCUAGCUCCCCACCUUUGCUUUCCCCCUGCUUGUCUUUUGCCUCUGCUUUCCCUCGUGCCUGUCUCCCCCACUGCCCAUCCUCUUACCUCUGCUCCACACCCCCUAUCUGCUUCCUGAAGUGCUUGUUUCCCAGGUGCUGCUUUCCUGCUGGGGGGGGAGGUGCAAUAUAAGACAAUCCUACAAUAAUUAGAUUAUCAACAUGGAAAAUUUUAACGAACUUGUGAUUUUCUAUGUCGAAAAUCUAAUUAUUGGAGGAGUCAUAUUAAAUGGGGGAGUCAUCUCAAAUUUUCUUGGAUUCAGGUGCUUUAUUCCAAAUGUCUACGCUGCCCUCUUCACUGCUGCUUUGUUACCACUCAUGUGCCUGGUGGUGGUAUUUGUUGUAUUCAUUCAUGCCUACCAGGUAACUCCUCAGUGGAAAGCAUAUGAUGAUGUUUUCAGAGGAAGAACUAAUGCCGCAGAGAUCCCAUUGGUCUUGUACCUGUUUGCCCUAAUUUCCAUUACAUGGCUGUGGGGAGGACUGCACGUGGCUUACAGGCACCUCUGGAUGUUAGUCUUCUUUGUCAUCUUUAAUAGCCUGCAGGGUCUUUAUGUCUUUGUAGUAUAUUUUAUCCUACACAAUCAACUGUGUUGUCCUGUGAAAGCAAGUUACACUGUGGAUAUGAAUGGGCUCAGCACUCCAGGCUCACCCUUUUUUACCCACGGCAGUGGCAUGCCAGCACCAGGAGGAGAAAUCAGCAAAUCUACUCAGAAUCUCAUCGGUGCUAUGGAGGAGGUGUCAGCAGACUGGGAGAGGGCAUCCCUGCGGCCAGCCAGUCAAGCCAGCGCUGCCUUUAAGCAGAGUCCGCAGAAUGGUGCUGCUUUCCAUGCUACUGGGGGAUUUAGUAACGGCUCAUUGAUGACUGAUGAGGAGUCACAAGAGUUUGAUGACUUGAUAUUUGCUUUAAAGACUGGUGCAGGCCUCACUGUUGGUGAUACCGACUCCUGCCAUGGCAGCCAGGAUGGAGGCAGCAUGGCUAACUCCCAGAUUGUAGAACUUAGAAGAAUACCCAUAGCGGACACUCACCUCUAACUCCACUGUUUGGUUGUUUUGGUUUUUUUUAAUUCAAAUCUCCAUAUUUUUAUAUUUGUAUU